AUGGAACAGCAUGCACGUUAUGCAAUCAACAAAGGAGCCAAUGCAGAUGAGUUAUGGGGAGGGAUUCCUGUGGCAGUGUUUAUGGGAGACGAUGUUCAGCUUCCUCCUGUGUGUGACACCCCCGUGUACAUCUCAGAUUGUCGUAGUGCACCAUCUAACCAUGGUCGCUUGGUGUGGACAAUGUUUGAUAGUGCUGUUGAGCUUACUCAGAUUAUACGACAGAAUGAAUCUGAACAACAGCUGAGAGAUGUGCUGAUGUCACUAAGAAAUUAUAUGACAACACCCCAGCAAAUCCAUUGGCUACAACAGUUUCAAAGGCACAAUCUCCGCAUGUCGCAUGGCCCAGAACUCCUUGCUAGGAUGGAUGAGCAGGCUCUGUACGUAUUUCCCACGCAUCAUCUUGAAUGGCAGCGUAAUAAAACAAAGCUGCUUGAGUGUAACAGACAGCCAAACCAUCCAGUAGCAAAGAUCAAGGCAGUUGACAAUGGCAGACAUGCAGUGAAGGCCGACAGUAACAAGGCGGGAGGAUUGUUACCUCUACUGUAUCUUUGCCGUGACAGUAAAGUCAUGCUGGUAGUUAACUUAAAGGCUGAUUGGGGUUUGUACAAUGGGGCAGUAGGCACAGUCAUAGAUAUUUUGUACAAAGAUGGCCGCAGACCUAGUGAUGAUCCUGCUCCACUACCUGGUGUGGUUCUGGUGAGGUUUCCAGGAUAA